CAGUCAAACUCUCAGGCCCUAGAAUAUGGCGCCUAUAAAGAAAAAAACAUUGUCUAAAGAGGAAAUUGCAAAAAAAAAGUCUGAUCAGGCAAAGAGGCGAUUGGAAAAAAUUAAAAAUGAUCCUGUUUUGCUGGCGGAGUACAAAGAAAAGGAACGACUAAAAUAUCUAAAGAAAAAGGAAAAAGGACAACGGAAGUGUGUAAAAGACAUGACUCCCCGUGAGCACAGAAAGGCAAGAAAAAAUUGGGUAGCCUAUUCAUCUGAUUAUAGAAAAAAACAAAAGAUUCGUGACAAUACAGAUAAAUACGUGGACCAAAAUACGCCGCCAUCAUCGGAAGAUGAAAUUAUUCCUGCGGCUCCUUUAUUAAAUAAUGAAAGAGAAGCUGAAGCUAGAAGGAGGAGUAUAGUUCAACGGAGAAAAAGAAAUAGUAUGUUGAGGAGGAAGGACUUACUCAUUGAAAUUUAAAGAAGAAACUUGCCAGCGAACAACAAAGAAACAGAAGACUGAAACAUAGAAUGAUACAAAAGAAGCAAGCACUGACACCAGAAAGUAAAAUUGUAGAAAUGGCCAACGACCCUAAUCAAAAAGCAGAAUUGAUAAAAAAGUGUUAUUUGGCGAUAUUAUUCAAAGGCAAAUUUUAGAUAAAGAGAUUCAGAC